AUGGCGUCCAGGAAACCUAGUAUUAAAAAGAAAAAAAUGAGUGACAGUGUAGACAGCAUGAAGAAAGAUAUAAGCUGUAAUGUAUCAACUGGUACAGAACAUCCUCGCUUAGUCGAGGAGGCAAAUUUGAAAGCUUCGUACCAACCAGGAAAGAAAGGCGGGAACUUUGGAUUACCGCUAGGUGCCAAAUUAACUGUACCAGAAGGCAACUUCAAUAAGAAAGAAAGCAUCACAUGUCAAGUCACAUCUCCCUCUACAAGAUGGCGCCACUGUCCACAAUUACCAGCAGACGAACAUAUCACCAGCGAAAUAUUUAAACUUACGUCAUCAGUUCACAUAAUGAAGACACCAAUCAUCGUUCAGCUACCAUAUUACCCUCUUCAAAAUGAUAAAUGCGAAAUAAACGUGAAAGGAAAAUGGCGCGGAGAACUAGAAUGGGUUGAUGUUGGUUUUCUCAAAAAGAGUGAUACCAAGCCACCAAGUGUUGAGUUGGAAUUAGAUCGUCUGGGACAAUUUAUCGUUACUUUUACCUGCAAACAGGAGAUCUUCAACGUUACGUCCCAAGGUUGUUUACACAAUGCCCGGAUUAGCCGCUAUAUCAGCUGUAGAUUUCCCAGGAAAGCUACCGAAUCAAAUUUACAAUGUGCAAUCAAGAUUUUACCAAUACCACAAGAAAAACUAGAAGAAGUGAAAAAAGAACACGCAAGAGAAUGUAAUGAUUUAGUAACUACAACAGAAUUCAUAGAUAUAAUACCCAGCAUACCUUGUAACUUCCGGCGUUCAGUCACAGUAAAACUACCAUUGCCUUCUGGGAUAGAAAUAGAGAAAGAACAGGAACCGAAUGUUGGUGUCCUGUUGAAAAAUGGCUCAGCUUGGGAAUUGGUUGAAUCUCAUCAAAAAUUUACCAGAACAACUGUUUCUGUUGAUGUCAAAUCUUUGGGAAGAUUUUGUGUGGCAAUAUCAAAUCCAGAGAGAAAACCACGAUUAAGAGAAGCUAUACGAUUUGUUGAAGGUAGUAAUGAUACUGAUAAAGGGGAGAUUGUUCUCUAUCUAUCACUACAGGAGAAGUCCUGGGAAGGGGUGGUCGAAUGUCUACCAGAACAUAAAGCUAAAUCAAGAAUCGCCGAUAGACAAGACCGAGGAUUUAAAGUCAUCAAUAAAGUAAAAGUUGUACCUAAAGUUGAAGAAAAGAGAGUGUACAGUCGACGGUAUAUACCACCUAAAGAGACCAAACCAGUGGAACCAGAAGGUUUUGAUAUAUAUGAUGGUUUAAGUUGGGAAAUAUGUGUCGGGUCAGAUAUUAAGAUAACUAAUGAUAGUGAUAUCAGUGAUAAUAGUGAAUUGUGUUAUUACAGACACUUACCAGAGAGUUAUAGAAAAUUUGAAUUUGAACCAUUGAAAAAUGACGAGAACACAUUGUCUGGUGUAGUAGAGCUGGUACCCAUUGGAAUAGAAGACGAACAACUAAUAAAGAGACUAACCAUCAGGUUUGAAUUCGUCAUUGACGAAGACACAGUAAAGAAUUACUUCAAACCAGAGUUCGUUCCAGAACCAGAACCUGAAAAAAUACGUGUAACCUUUGACCUACCUGAAUUAAAACCAAUAAAAGAAGAGAAGCCUCCACCAGUUGUACCUGUACAGAAAAUUAAAACGAUAUCUGCUUCAGUUAUGGAUAGGUUGACCAAAUCUACCAAGAAGCCACGAAUAAUUGAUAGAGAAGCACGAGUUAUAACAGGAAAGAGUUUGAUGAAUUUAUCCAGAAAGGUUCCAGAGGGACUGACACUGGCAGUACACCUUGAUUUACCUGACAGUACCAUCACUGGUCUAGGCUUUGACGCAAUAUCUAAUGGUCUCACAAUGGCAGAUGUAACGUACAAGAUCCUCCUCUAUUGGAAACGGAAGUUGAAAGAUAAACGUGAUUCAGCAGUAAAUGAAUUAGUGUCGGCGCUUGGGUCUAUGGGAAGACCAGAUAUUGGUGCCAUUAUUUUACACUGUCACCAUGACAAUAAAGAACUGACAGAAGAAUAUCUAAAUAACAGUGUAUAUUAAGACGUUCAUCUGGUUUCUCAUCAUUUCAUCUAAUUUUCACUUGGAUUGAAGUUAAUCAUCUCCUUGUAUUCCAUAUCUAUCAAACUAGUUCUGACAUCUGACAUAACUUGCAAUUUGUGUGCUGGCUAAUUUUACUAAUUUCUAUAUCAUGCUUAGAUCGUGGUUUCUUUAAACGCCAUGUAAAAGGCUUCUGGUUCAGAAAUCUGCCCUUGCUCGAAAGAGCUUACUUUACCGAAUUCGUAUGCGCCGCGCAUUAAAAUUGAAAGGAAAUGAAUUAGAAUUUCGCCAAAAUUAGAUGUAAUUACAUGUAUUGAUUGUAAAUGUUAAUAUUAUUAUCUAUUCGAUGUGUGCCUGUGAUAAAUUAUCCGUCCAAAAAAGUUUGUUGUCAACUCAUGCCUUUUUAAACUGCUGAAAUUUAAAUAUUAUACAUUGUGAUAGAAAGUGCUUUUAAAUAUUGACCAAAUAAUAUAUUAAUGAUAUUAAAUAUAUGUUUGUAAAUAAUGUCUUCAUUAAUAUAUGGUAUAUUAAAUUUUUGUUUAUAA